AUGCAGGUGGUAGUCGAGGAGCGGAGCGGCGGCCGGGGGCCGGGUGGUGGCGGUCGGGUAGCCGACAACGUAGGUGGGUGGCGGCCGGGCGGCGGUAAGGCAGCCGAUAGUGCAGGUGGGUGGCACGGCGGUGGGAGGCUGGGGAGCCAAGGAGGCCAGCAGGGGGCCGGGUUGGAGGGGGCCGGGAGCCGGCAGGGGGUCGAGAAAUCGAUAGAGGGUCCGGAGGGCUGGGCGCAGCAGCAAACGACAGGGAGGCCGGAGGGAAUAGCCGUUGGCGGGCUGCAGGUGGUGGUACCUACAAGGACAGUUGCAGGCCUACGGGGCCAGGGGGUAGGGGCCCCAUGGUACCCUGCGUGA